AUGACUCUAAUAAAUACCUUUACUAUAAGGAUGCUGACUUGGAUUGAAAGGCCUAAAAAUUGGUUUAGAGAGUACCCAAUCCUUAGACUUAAUUUUAUCUUCUGGGUAAUCGUAUAUAGGGUCGCCAAUAGUGCCUUUAAAGGGCUUAACACGGUGGCAGAUGUUCUUAUAGUUAAGGAUAAAAAGGAGCUUCCAUUCUUUAGAAUAGUGACUCCAGAAGGGCCUUAUCCUAACAGAGUAUUAACCUUCUCCUCUCUCUGGUAUAACAAUACAAGUUUAGCCCAGAGAUAG